AAACAAAGCUAGGCUAGCUUAGCUAUCCUAUCCCAUAAGCGCCACUCAUUCUGGUUUUCUCGAACUCAUGGCUCGCGCUCGGGAUUUAAGCAUGGGUUUGGUGCUUCUUGCUCUGCUAGUAUCUUGCUUUCUUGUAGCUUCUGAAUCAAGCAAUGUUUAUAUUGUGUAUAUGGGAGACAGAAGCAUGAACCUCAAUGAACAAGACCUUCUUGAAGAUUCUCACCUUCACAUACUGUCAAACAUUCUCGGAAGCAAAAGAGCUGCUAGGAACUCCAUUCUGUACAGCUACAAACAUGGAUUUUCAGGAUUUGCUGCUGUUUUAAGCCAGUCUCAAGCUAAACUCGUUGCAGAUUUUCCAGGAGUUGUUCAUGUAAUUCCAAACAGAAUUCUCAGUUUGCACACAACUAGAAGCUGGGAUUUCUUGAGUGUAAAGCCAGAUAUUGUGAAUGGAAUUCUUUCAAAGUGUAAAUCUGGAAAGGGCACUAUCAUUGGCAUCUUGGACACUGGCAUAUGGCCUGAGUCAGAGAGCUUUAUGGAUGAGAAUAUGGAUAAUCCACCUUCUAGUUGGCGCGGCAUAUGCCAAGCAGGAGAGAAUUUCAGCCACUCCCACUGUAAUAGGAAAAUCAUUGGAGCUCGCUGGUACUACAGAGGCUAUGAAGCUGAAUUUGGGAAAUUAAACACAAGCGAUGGAUCCGAAUUCCUAUCGCCACGAGACGCAUCGGGCCAUGGCACUCACACUUCAUCAACAGCAGCAGGAGCAUCAGUAGAGAAUGCAAGCUUCAUGGGACUAGCAAAAGGGUCAGCAAGAGGAGGUGCUCCUUCAGCUCACUUAGCUAUCUACAAAAUCUGCUGGUCUAAUGGAGCUUGCAGCUCAGCUGAUCUUCUUGCAGCAUUUGAUGAUGCAAUAUUUGAUGGGGUUAAUGUUCUUUCUGUGUCUCUGGGAUCAUACCCUCCACUUCCCACUUAUGUUGAGGAUGUUUUGGCCAUUGGAUCUUUUCAUGCUGUUGCUAGAGGAAUUUCUGUGGUGUGUUCUGGUGGCAAUUCUGGACCUUACCCUCAAACUGUCAUAAACACUGCUCCUUGGAUUCUUACUGUAGCUGCUAGCACUCUUGAUAGAGCAUUUCCUUCUAUAAUUACCUUGGGAAACAAUCAAACCCUACAGGGUCAGAGUUUAUAUACAGGGAAGGACGUGAACAAGUUUUACCCCAUUGUGUAUGGAGAAGACAUAGAAUCUGAAGAUUCGGAUGGAGAAAGCGCAAGAAGCUGUGAAGCGGGAAGCCUGAAUGCAACAUUGGCUAAAGGAAAAGUAAUUGUGUGUUUCCAAUCUGGAUCACAGAGAUCAGCCGUGGGUGCUAUAAGAACCGUAACGGAAGUCCAAGGUUCGGGUCUCAUCUUUGCUCAGUUUCCUACUAAAGAUGUUGCUUUGUCUUGGAGUAUUCCCUCUGUCCAAGUUGACUUCAUCACUGGAACUUCAGUACUCUCAUACAUGGAAGCUACCAGGAACCCUGUUGUGAAGUUCAGCAGGACCAAAACAACAGUGGGACAACAGAUAUCUCCAGAAGUGGCAUUCUUCUCAUCUAGAGGACCGAGUUCUCUGUCUCCUUCAGUGUUAAAGCCUGACAUUGCAGCUCCGGGAGUUGAUAUUCUAGCAGCAUGGUCGCCGGCUUCUUCUGAUUACUUGCAAACUGAUUAUGCGGCUGUGAAUGGAUUCGUUCCUCUUCACUUCAAGAUUGAAUCAGGAACUUCAAUGGCUUGCCCUCACGUUUCUGCCAUUGUCGCACUUGUCAAAUCUAUUUAUCCUGCCUGGUCUCCUGCUGCUAUCAAAUCUGCCAUCAUCACUACAGCUUCAUUGACAAAUGAGUACAACCUAUAUGUUGGAGCAGAGGGAGCUCCGCACAAGCAGGCUGAUCCAUUCGACUAUGGAGGUGGACACGUUGAUCCCAACAAAGCCACGAAUCCUGGUCUCAUAUACGACUUAGGAACCUCAGAUUAUGUUCGUUUUCUUUGUUCUCUGGGCUAUAACUACACUGCCAUAGCCUUAAUGACCAAAUCCCCCACUAAAUGCCGUAAAUCCCCCAAGUUCUUGCUCGAUCUCAACCUCCCUUCUAUCACCAUUCCUGAGCUGAUGAAUAACCACCCUUUGACUGUGUCGAGAACAGUCACGAACGUAGGACCAGUGGAAUCUACCUACGUUGCUCGUGUUGUUGCUCCCAUUGGAGUCUCUGUGACGGUUGUACCCCAAGUCUUAAAGUUUGAUGCUACGAGGAAGAAACUGAAAUUCAAGGUUACGUUUUUGCCCAACAUUAAUGUUGAAGGCGGUUUCUCGUUUGGGUAUCUGUUCUGGGAAGAUGGCUCACAUGAAGUGAGGAUACCUUUGGUAGUCCGAACUGUUGUUGACCAGUUUUACGCAGACGCAUAGUCUCAUUGUCAUUAAACUGACACAAUUUUUCUUUCUAAAUUGAAUUAUAUAUACACACCAAUAUGAUUGGUCUGGCGUUGUAGUUCAACACCGUCUUAUUCAUAAAUCAUGAUACAUGUGGUUUAUUCUAAA